UGUGACUGCGAUGGUAGAAAAUAGACACUCCUGAAACAUUAAGAAAGGAGCUAAGUCACUAGCGCAAUAUAUCCCGAGCUAGUCAGUUGUGGUGCGUUCGGCCCUUAGAACGGGUAGUGAGUAUGGUAACUUCAUUCAGACCCGCAUCUACCAAAAUAAGGCCGUAUCUAUCAGAUCAAUGAAUUAAGUGUGGUCGACGCUUUGCGGUCCUAGACUACGAGUGUCGUGCGACUGUGGAUUUAAAAUAGAGGUGAUUUUGUGCAGUUCUCCGUUCAGACUGACUAUAUUUGAUUUGUGGUUUUGAACUGAUGGAAUCUGGCGGGAGAUAAAUCAUGGGGUAUCACAUCUGGCCUGCCGUUUUAGCCCUAUGUAUUUUCAUAGAGUUUCAAGCAAACGCUCUUACGCCGUCAGAUGCCGAGUAUAUUGAUGGAAAUUACACUAGUGACAACUUUGACAACAUAACUGUCGUCUCGAAUAACAGUUUGGUUCUUCAGUGUCCUGUGAAAGAUAAGGUUCAAUGGAGAAUCCUUAACGAUACUUGGAAGAAUGUGCAGAAAGAUGUAGACACACUGGAAUUCAAUCCAGUAACUCUCCAAGAUCAAGGAUUGUAUGCAUGCUUCAGAAAUGGAGACACCUUGAUAAAGAAGUUCAAUGUUACUGUUUAUGAAGCGCCUCAUUUCUUGAAAAAUAUGAAGAAAUUAGUGGUGAGACCAGCUGGUAAUAUGUUUCGUUUAAACUGCAAAGCUGGAGGAUAUCCAACACCAAACAUAACAUGGUUUAGCAAAAAUAAAACACCACCUUCAAGAACCAUGGGUGACAUCAAGACAAGCCAUUGGUCUUUAACUUUGGAAGAGUCGACACUGGAUGACAAAGGAAAUUACACCUGUCUUGUUUGUAAUAUUGUUGGCUGCAUUGACUUCACCUUUGUCGUAGACAUCGUUGAGCGAUAUCACAACACUCCUAUAUUAACAACAGGACUUGAAAAUACAACGGUUGCUUCUGGGUCCAACGUUACCAUGACCUGCGAAGUCGUUUCGGAUUUACACCCAUUUAUAACAUGGACAAGGUUCAUUGAUGAACCUACUAAUUGUUCUCACACUGAUUUGAGUGACUGUAAUACUACAGUCCUCCAGAAAAGUAAUGAUGGGAAUACAAACCAAGAAAUAUUCAUAAUACCCAAUGUUACUCAUGAAGAUGAAGGAUGGUAUGCCUGUUUCGCAUCGAAUAGCCUUGGUACCACAGUCUCCAAGGGCUACCUUCAGGUUGUAGAUGAGGAACCUGCUCCGGUAGAAUUGGAACAAUCGAGGCACUUGGGAACAAUUCUUAUAGUUAUAGGAAUCCUCGCUGUAUCUGUCACAUUCGUUAUAGUCUUCAUCUGCAUUCACUAUCGGCAGAAAAUUAAACGAGAGAAGAGAGAAAAAAUGAUCGCUGUUGAAACUGCAAGAGCUGCCAUAGUUACUCAAUGGACGAAGAAAGUUAUAAUAGAAAAAAUUAAUAAUGCAUCGGAAAAUGUCACAGAACCACUGUUGAUGCCUGUUGUUAAAAUUGAGAAACAGAAAUCACAAGCGAACAACUACGGUGAUGGAAUGAUAUCAGAAUACGAACUUCCAAUGGAUUCAGACUGGGAAAUACCUAGGGAAACAUUAUGCCUUGGCAAAAAUCUUGGCGAAGGCGCCUUUGGAAAAGUGGUGAAAGCAGACGCUAUGAACCUCUUGAAGCCCGGAAGCAAUAGCAUAGUUGCAGUCAAAAUGUUGAAAGAAGGCCAUACAGACAACGAAAUGAUGGACCUAGUGUCUGAAAUGGAAAUGAUGAAGAUGAUAGGAAAACAUAUCAAUAUAAUAAAUCUUCUGGGAUGUUGUACGCAGGGUGGACCACUGUAUGUUGUUGUGGAAUAUGCACCUCAUGGCAACCUAAGAGAUUUCUUGAGACAACAUAGACCAUCAUCAGGAUAUGAGUUAGCAGUUGGGGAAAAAAAGGACAAGAAAACGUUGACACAGAAGGAUUUGGUGUCAUUUGCGUAUCAAGUUGCGAGAGGCAUGGAAUAUUUGGCAUCUAGAAGAUGCAUCCACAGGGAUUUAGCAGCUCGGAACGUUUUAGUUAGCGAGGAUUAUAUAUUGAAAAUAGCUGACUUUGGAUUAGCUCGGGAUAUUCAUUGCAACGACUACUAUCGAAAAACAACAGAUGGAAGACUUCCAGUGAAAUGGAUGGCACCAGAGGCUUUAUUCCACAGAGUUUACACGACACAAUCAGAUGUGUGGUCGUAUGGAAUAUUGUUAUGGGAGAUUAUGACUUUGGGAGGGACUCCUUAUCCUUCUGUUCCUAGUGUGGAGAAGUUAUUCCAACUUCUACGCAAUGGACACAGAAUGGAGAAGCCCCCUUGCUGUUCGUUGGACAUAUAUAUGCAGAUGAGGGAAUGCUGGAGCUAUCAGCCGACAGAACGUCCCGUCUUCUCAGAAUUAGUCGAAGACUUAGAUAGAAUUCUGACGAUAACUGCUAACGAAGAAUAUUUGGAUUUGGGUCUUCCACAACUUGACACACCCCCUUCGAGUCAGGAGUCCAGUUGUGACGAAGAAUUUCCUUUUCCUCAAAUAACCUAGUCAAUUUAUAUGUAGGAAAAGACUUUCCAAAAGCGGCGCUUUUUUGUGAUUCUAUUGAAUUAUUUGAAAUACUGAGACCAAAUGCGAAAUGAGUAUCAGUAUUAUGUGGAGUGUCAUAACACAUUUGAUCAGAGAUGGAGAAUAUUAUUGAACAAUAAAAAAGAGACUGUGAAUAAAUUCAUUUCGACAAGUUUCAAAGCCUCGUUCCACAAUUUGAUUUUUUUUCAAAGAACCAGUCCACUUCGAAGACCAAUACUGUUUCUAAUUGUAUCACACUCAUCAUUAGCAAGUUAGAUAAUGAAUCGAUAAUCAUUUCGGAGGAGUUGUGGACUUGUUUCUAUUUGUUGUUCUCGUUGUUCAUUAAAAACUACAGAAGGGUUAGAAACCAAAAUUCACCCAUAUCCCCUUUGUUUAAAAUCCAUCUUCUCAUGGGACUACGAGAGUUUGAAUCAAAUAUAAAAUUUGUAUCUUCAAUAAUUUAAUUUGUCGUGUUUUCAUUUCAUGGUCAGCGUUAGUACCACUUGAAUUUUACUCUGAAAGUUAGUGAAUGGAUGUGGUAGAGUACUACCAAAUAAGUAGUACCUUACUAUAAAUUAUGUUGAGCAACAUUAUAUGAACCCAUGACUGUCAUAUAUAACAGACAUUCUCUCCAUGUUGAAAACACUCGUAUUAUCAUGACCCUUUUUCGAUUUAAGUUUAUGAAUUCUUGAGGCAUGAAUUAAUUUGUUACGUUACGGAUAUUGGGCAAAAUGCAAUGGUACUCCGACUCGUCUAGACAUAACACGUGGUCACGUUACGGUUUUUUUGUUACAAUUGGACACGCGCCUUUGAGACAUACUGAACUUUUUCAAACAAAUAUUAUGUAUAUAGAUAUGCCAUGGAUAAUCAGAAGCUACUAUGUAAUUUCUGUUCAAUAUAUAGUUCUCCGCCGAACGAUCCAGUAUAAAAAACCGCAUUUAUUUAUAUGUUGGGUUACCCAAAAAAUGUAUGUUGAUAACGAAUUUAGGAUUGUCAUGUGAUGAAAUAUUUCCAUCCACUUUCACGGUAUUUAUUAUGAACCUAAUGUAGGCACUUGGAUUUAAAGUUUCUCAGAAUAUGUUAAGUAUGUGAAUGCUGGUAUUCUUGGCAAUACAUAGUUACGCAGAAUGUAUCCUUUCUAGAACAACUUUGUUUUCAUCAUUAAUGUCAAUAGAAAAAUAAGUUAUGCUUUAAUUUACUUCUAAGAAAUAUACGUUAUUAAUAAGAUACCUGGAGUAGUUGUGUAUGUGUUGAUUAUUGUGAAUGUAUUUUGUAAUUUGAAUUUCACCAAAGAUUUUUUAUUGUCGGACAAUAACUCAAAAUUUAAUUUAAGACUGUACAUUGUAAUAUUAUUCGAUCUUAUCAAUAGAUUUUCAAUAAAUUAUU